AUUUGUACUAAGUGGCUAUGAUGCAAGAGCCUUAACCCCCUCGCAACAACCUUGUCUGAAAUUUUGGGCAUUCUCUUUUUCUUGGUUUGAACGAUUUUUUUGGCUGCUGGGACGGUGAUGUGUUUGGAAGGGGGGGAUAUAUGAAUAAUGGGUUCAAGAAAGAGUAGCUGCGGCGUCAACUAUGAUUACUCUUUUAAGGUUCUGUUGAUUGGGGACUCUGGUGUUGGAAAGAGCAGCCUUUUGCUCAGUUUCAUCUCCAAUUGUCAGCAGUUUCCUCAUGAUCUUUCUCCUACUAUUGGAGUAGAUUUCAAGAUAAAGAUGCUAACCACUGCUGGAAAAAGACUGAAACUUACAAUCUGGGAUACAGCCGGACAGGAAAGGUUUGGAUCAUUAAUAAGUUCAUACUACCGAGGAGCACAUGGUAUCAUCCUUGUUUAUGAUGUAACAAGACGAGAGACCUUUACAAGCCUAUCGAAGACCUGGGUCAAGGAAUUAGAGCGUUGCUGCACCGAUCCUGAUUGUAUCAAGAUACUAGUUGGCAACAAAGUUGACAGGGAAAACGAGAGGGCUGUUACCACGGAAGAGGGGAUGGCUCUCGCACAAGAGCAUGAAUGUUUGUUUUUCGAGUGCAGUGCCAAGACUCAAGCAAAUGUGAAGCAAUGUUUCAAAGACCUCUCGCUUAAGAUACUGAACGUACCGAGCUUGCUGGAGAAAGGAUCUACGCCCGUAAAUGUAAAGAACCAGAUUUUGAAGCAAAAGCAAGUUGGAGACAAUGGAAAUUGCUGCUCCUAGUUGAAAACUCAGCGUUGCUUCGAACUAGCUCGGUUUUUUUGCAGAUUCCCUUCGACUCAAAUAUGAUGAUAAUCUGAAUCUUUGGAAUAAAGCAGUUAUCAUCCCUUGGUUGUUUCAUUACAUUAGUUUAAUCUUUUGCAAGCUGGCAGUUUUGUA